AGUAUCAACAAACACAUGCUAUUCCUGGUCAAUUUGUGAUUGGUAUUGGUAUAGUAGUAAGUGCAGUGAAGGAGUGAGUCUUUGGUCGUGUCGCGGGUGGAAUCUAAACUUUCUAAAAUUUUUAUUUGUAGUUGAAGGGGUCGUUUUAGCCCCCAAUAUAAUGAUUUCAAGAAAAAGCUUUGUUAAAAUGUAUGCCUUGUUGUGUACUUGCCUCUUCGGCUUUCUCCAGUUUAUGCACCUUGCACAGGGAUCUGAGCUGCCAGCUGCACACUUCGAGCCACAAGUAGCAAUGCUGUGUGACACCAAAAGUGACCAGCCAUACCGCAGCCAAUACAUGACAGAGGCAGGCCAUUGGGCUACAGACCUUGUCCAUAAGGUUACAUGCUACAAGGACAAGCUUGACAUUCUUGAAUACUGCAAAAAGGUGUACCCGAAGCAUGACAUCACCAACAUCGUAGAGUCCAGCCACUUUAUGAAAGUGUCUAAUUGGUGCCGGGUUGGUCACUCCAAGUGCAAACAUACUGACUGGGUCAAACCCUACCGCUGUUUAGAGGGACCGUUCCAGAGUGAUGCUCUGUUAGUACCAGAGAACUGUUUGUUUGAUCACAUUCACAACCAGACGCGUUGCUGGGAGUUCGACCGCUGGAACCAAACAGCUGCCCAGAGUUGCCAGGACCGAGACCUUACAUUGCGCAGUUUUGCAAUGCUGCUACCGUGCGGCAUCUCUCUGUUCUCUGGUGUUGAAUUUGUUUGCUGUCCCACAAAAGAUAAAGUUACAAUGAAGAAGGUGCUACCUCCAUCUCCACCUCUGAGUGGGACUGAAGUGUUUGACAGUGUUGAUGACACAGAUGAUGCCCUGGACGACGAGGCCGACGAUGAUAUUGAUGAUGACGAAGAUGAUGAUGACGACGACGACUAUGACAGCUACGAUGACAAUGCCCUAACGGCCAGCUCCAGCACCAGUACGACCACACUGGCCCCCACCACCACACUCCCACCACGCCCUACCACUGGAGUGCCCACUCCGGACCCCUAUUUCACACAUUUUGACCCCCGCCAGGAACACCGGGCUUACAAGGAGGCCCAGCAGAGAUUAGAAGAGAUGCACAGAGAAAAGGUCACCAAGGUGAUGAAGGAUUGGUCAGACCUGGAGGAAAAGUACCAAGACAUGCGCACCAGUGAUCCUCACAUGGCAGAACAGUUUAAGCAGAGAAUGACCCUGAGGUUCCAGCAGACGGUGCAGAGCCUGGAGGAGGAAGGAGCGGCAGAGAAACACCAACUUGUGGCAAUGCAUCAGCAGCGGGUCAUGGCACAUAUCAACCAGCGUAAGAAGGAAGCUAUGAUGUGUUACACUCAGGCUCUUAACGACAGUCCACCAAACACACAUAGAGUACAGAAGUGUCUGCAGAAGCUGCUGAGGUCUCUACACAAGGACAGGCACCACACCAUCUCUCACUACCGGCACCUGCUGAGUUCCAGUCUGGAGCAGGCAGAACGGGAGAAGGCCAUCACGCUGGAACACUUAGUGGACAUUGACCAUACUGUCAACCAGUCGCUACAGAUGCUCCAGAGGUAUCCAGAGCUGUCUGCUAAAAUUUCUCAGCUUAUGCAGGAUUAUAUCCAAGCCCUUCGCAGCAAAGACGACACGCCUGGCUCCCUGCUCUCUAUGACUAGGGAUGCAGAAGCUGCCAUUCUAGACAAGUACAGAGCGGAGGUGACUGCCAUGCAGCAGGACAAGGAGCGGGAACGAGUGUUGGAAAAGCAGCGGAAAGAACUUCACAAGCGGGAGCGCAACGAGUUGAGAGAGGAGAAGGCACGAAUCGUAGAACAACCGGAACCAGUUGAGGAAGAACACACAAGCACUACAUCCGCACCUCAGGCUGCACCUGUUAUACUGACACAGCCACGAGUCUCCAAUGUUCUGGCCCAUGAUAUCAGCCAUCGCGAACCUUCUUAUUCGGUGCGUAGAGAAGUAUAUCAUCGUGAAACCAAGAGUGUAUACUUCACUCUGGCAUUUGCCGGCAUCGCCCUAAUGGCUGCCAUUGUGAUCGGAGUGGCCGUACUACGCAGGCGCAAUGCUCGCUCACCUCAGAAUCAGGGCUUUGUAGAGGUAGACCAAGCUGCGACCCCUGAGGAACGCCAUGUCGCCAACAUGCAAAUCAAUGGAUACGAAAAUCCUACAUACAAAUAUUUCGAGGUCAAGGAGUAAUUACAGGUGGUGGAGAAGAGUCCAGUGCGGGCGUUACCACUCAGCCAUAUGUAUAUUUUGUACCUCCGUUUGCCGUUAGUCCUAGAAAAGAUAAUAUUAUGAGGGUCAUAUUUUGAUAUCUACAGCUGCAUAGAGGAACAGCAUUUAUAGUAAUAAUUGUGCCAUAACAAUCGGUGGUCAAUAUCUAGGAAUAACAGUAUCUCAUUAUUAACACUCAUCAACCCACCUAAUGAGAUUCACAGUAUUGAAAUUUACUGCAAUAUAUUGUAGUAUUGUAAUUGUAUUUAAUUAGCAGCUAAGUAUACAGAGAGUUAACUAAUGUUUUAAUUACUUAACUUGACUUGAACAAUCUGAAUUUAGGCAGCAUUUAUUAAUUAUAUUAUUUGUCCAUUUGUAGUAUUAUUUUUCUUAUUGUUUUUGAACAUUUUUAUUUUUAUAAAAGUACUAUUUUUAUAGAUUUUAAUACAUUUUAUUGAUAUUAUUAAGACAAAUGUAAGUUUUAUUAAGUAUUUUGUUAUAGUACUAGAUAGCUAAUCGAGUGUCCCACACAGCCCCUGUUGACAGGUAUCAGAAUACUCAUUUAUAAUACAGUAUACAACAGUACACCAGUAAUGGAUGGAAUCUAUUUUUUGUUACAAUUAUGUAAAAUGCAUUUCGUAGAUUUUAAUGAAAGGAAUUAGAUAAUCUUGCAAUAUUAGUACACGAAGCAAAACAAAUUUUUUACUUAGUAUAAUUGAAUUGGAGUGAAGUGAUGAGACAGGACAGUGACCCUCACUGCAGUGCUCCAUCCGUUGCUGUGUACAUCGCACGACGCGGCGUCGCGCAGUGUCGCGUCAGUGCUCGGAUGUUCCUCUAUACAGCGCUCCUACUGUACAUCAGCCGAGUCCAGUGUCUAGUUGUGUUCCGUCGUAGUGUUUGGUGUUGCUUUUCUCUCUGUUCAUGUUAGUCUAGCCCAGCAUAUCGUACUGUAAUAUAAUAUGUAUCUAUGUCGACAGCUGACCAUUUGUAAGCUUUAUCCACCUUACUAGAUAGCAUAUUUUUCUUUCUUCUUUUCUUUUGUACAAGUACUUUUACUUAUAUAUUAAGGCAGCUUACGAUCAAUAAUGAUGUAAUUAUUUUUAUAGAGUCUGUUCUUAACUCAUUAGUUUGUAGUGUUUAAAACAAAUUGAUUUUUGUUAAAUGUGAUCAGCGAUGAUCUGACUUAAUAAACUCUUAAAUUGACCCGGUGUUAAUGUUUAAUUGGUGUUUGCUUGCUGCAAUCGUCAGAACCCUGAUGUCCUCGACAGCAAUGGUGCACUGUGCCAUCGGCACUACAAUAAAUAGUUCUUGGCUUUUUUUCUAGUAUAGCGUUAAGUGACGCACUGUAAUGACAAGUAUGAAAUGUUAUAUGAAUAUAUUACUAAAUCUAAGUUCCGCUUUUAUUAUUAAUCACAAUCCAUUUUAUUUAAAUGUCUGUUAUAACGUGCUAACAAAACCUAAUAUUCUAAACCAAAAAUAAUAAUAUUAAAAAGUGUAACAUUAUUAUAAAAUGUAUUUUACUAACCCCACAGCAAAAUAAUGAAAUAUCAAUUUGUUUUAUUACAAAGUAUUCAGUAUUAUAUUAUAACUAAAAUGUAAUAUUUGAGAGAAAGAUUUGUACUCCAAUUUAAAUAUAAAUAUAAAUAUAUAUAUAUAUAUAUCAUUAUAGUGUGUAGACAUGAAAUGUACAUAGAACGUUUUUCAGGCAUUCCAUUAGCUUCUCUACAUUCCGAUUUGUACAAGAAUCAAUCUUUCACACACACAAACACACAUACACGUACACACAACUUGUUGUUAUGGUGACGUAUAGCACGUUUCCACCUGUAUGUCAGUGUUUCGAGCGUCAAAAUUGGCGUCUGUCUUCGUUAGUAUCUAGGCUAUAUGUUAGCAUGAUGGCAUUUUUUUAACCAUCAACAGAAAUGUCCAAUAGUUAUGUCCAGGAGAGAUUGUAUUUCUUGAUAUUUUAAUUACUGUAAUUUAUUUAUUAAAAUAAAUAAUAACAUUAGUA